CUGCCCCCGCCAGGGGGAGGCGGGUCCGUGGGCGGCCUCGCCGGCGGCGCGGCGCGAUGGGGCCCUGCGGGGAGCUGUGCCCAGGGUAUGCUUUGCAGAGGACUCUGGCUUGUGAAGUAUUACCUGGUUAAACUGGAAUUGAAGCAGGACAGUACCAGCCCCUUUUGGUCCUCAAAUGAUAUUCUUCAGCUCUCUGUGGGUUCGCCUGCUGACUCUGCCCUCUUGGGAAAGAUGGGAAAGGGAUACAAGGUGGUGGUUUGUGGAAUGACCUCAGUGGGAAAGACUGCGAUUCUGGAGCAGCUUCUCUAUGGAAAGCAUACCGUUGGCUUAGAAGAGAGUGCCACGAUGGAAGAUGUGUAUUUGGCAUCGGUAGAGACAGACCGAAACGUGAAGGAACAGCUAAGGCUUUAUGACACCAGAGGUCUGCAGGAGGGUGUAGAAUUGCCAAAACACUAUUUCUCUGUUGCUGAUGGCUUCAUUCUUGUGUAUGCUGUGACCAGCCUCCAAGCUUUCCAAACAGUUGAGCUGCUCAAAAAGGAGAUUGAUGUCUUUCGGGACAAAAAGGAGGUAACAGUUAUUGUCCUGGGAAACAAAACUGACCUCCUGGACCAAAGAGAAGUGGAAACAGAAGCAGCACAGCAAUGGGCAAAGGCUGAGAAAGUGAGACUGUGGGAAGUGACUGUGACAGAUCGAAAAACACUGCUUGAGCCCUUCACCUUCCUAGCUAGCAAACUCUCCCAGUCACAGAACAAGUCAACAUUUCCCUUGCCUGGAAGGAAGAGCAAAGGGAAUAACUGUGAUAACUAAGCUACUUUGGCAUUGUCUGCUGCUGCCAGGUCACAGCCUAAGUCCUGUCUGUGCCAUUUGCUUCUUAGGGUUUCAUUUAAAAGCAAUAAUCUCAUUCGGCAAUAAAAUCAACAAGCUUAGGGUUAAGAGGUGUCCUUCCUGCUCACAGACUUGGCUUGGAAAAGGCACUGGCAGGAAAAGCCUUUAAAAGCACUUCAUGAAAGAGUUAUUUUACAGGGGUUAUGGAUGAAGGACAGGUGGACACCUCUCUGGCAAGGAUUUUGACUGCACAGUGAUGCUGAAGGACAAAUCAACAAGCUUAUUAAGCAAUCCCCUUGUAGAUCUAUAGCCUCUAGUCACAACAACUACUAGCUGCAAUAAAGCAUUCCAUUUGGAGAGAGAA